AUGUAUUCGGUUUAUUCAUCUAUGUCAUGUUUCAGUGAAAAUAUUGAUUAUUCUAAUGCAUUAAACUCAACAAAUUCUCAUCAAUUAAUGACAACUGAUACGGAAACACCGAAAUCGGACGAUGAAGAAAAUAUAGAUAAUUAUCAUGAUGAAGCAAAAGAACAAGAUGAUGAUAAUGUUCGUGCAAAGAAAAGGAAAAUACAUCAAGAGAUUGAAGAACGACGACGUCAAACAGAAAGUAAACAUUUUUGUGAAUUAUCAUCUUUAAUUACACAUUGGUUUCCUUCAAAAUCAUCAAAAUAUACACAAUUAGUUUCAUUAUAUUUAGCUACAGAAUUAUUAAAUAAAAUUAAUUUACGUGAUCAAUGUAGUUCAUUACUUCCUUCAUAUUUAACAGAAGCUGAAGUUAAUUUUUUACGUUUCGAAGCAAGUAAGGCUUUUUUAUUUGUUACAACUGUUGAUUCAACAUUGUUUCAUAUAAAACAUGUUACGAAUUCGAUUUAUCGAAUACUUUAUUUUAAACCUGAACAAUGGCUUGGACAAAAUCUUGUUUCAUUUGUACAUCCAGAUGAUUUACUUCAAGUUCAAAGUCAAUUAAUAUCAUUAACUAAACAAAUUGAUAAAAAAAUUUCUAUUCAAUGUCGAUUAAUACAAAGUAAUAAUUCAUAUGUGUCAGUUAUUAUUGAUGGUACAAUAAAAAAGAUUAAUCAAUUAUUAAAACCUAUAUCAACAGAUGAAUAUGGUUUUCUUGCUUUUAUUGGUAUAUGUUAUAUACCAUUAACAAGUCAAUAUAAUAAGAAAAAUAUGCAUCUAUAUAAAAAUCCUCAAUUAUUAAUAUUUUCUUGUCGAUGUACACUAAAUGAUUGGAAAAUUUUUCUUGUUGAUUGUUCAAUAUCAACAUUUCCAUCAAUAUCAUUUGAUUUAUUUCGUAAUAAGUCCAUAUUAGAUUUUAUACCUAUUGAUGAACAAUCUCAUGUUCGUGAAAGUUUAUUAAAUUCAAUAUUAACAUUAAGCAAUGAAUUAAUAAUUUGUACUUUUAUUUAUUCAUCUACUGAAAUAUUCACAAUGAUAGUUGAUAUAAAACCAACCUUAAAUCUAAGUACAAAAAAAAUUGAUUUUAUUGAAUUAAUUUUUAAAAACAUUACUGAUCUUGUUAAAAAUCCAAAUGAAAUUGAAAAUUAUGAGGAAUGA